UAGGUGCUGAUGUUGGUGCCUUUUGUUCAGACUGGGAGCGAGAGGUGGGAUGGCAGAGGGGAAUUGACUCAUGAGUGGCUGUAACAUUGGAAACAGCAGUGAAUUGUGCCAACAUUAAACAGAGAGACGAGGGCAGAACUAAACUAUAGAGUGGAAUAGCCUGUGAGCAAAGUGGAUUCAAAUUUCCGUUAAAUCAAUAACGAAGCACCCGGAAAUUCAAGAGGAAAUUUAUCAGAGUCUGUUGGGGCCAGAGGAACAGAACAUCGUGUUUUGUUUAACUCGGUAAGGAUCCAAUAUUAUUUACAGAUUUGCGCCUGCUAUCUACAAGACAAUACAGGAUUUGCCUCAUUGCAGUGAGUGGUCAGGCAUAGCCAUGGUGCUGAUUCUGGGACGACGCAUAAACAGGGACGAUAACCAUUUCCGCGACUCACCUGUCAGCAAACGCAAAGUCUUUGAAGUGGACCAGAAGCCGGCGGUGAAUCAAGACAUUUUUGAUUUCUGCUCGGGCCCAUCCCAUGCUGAAAGCAUCCUCGAGCUGCUGAAUGAGUUCAGGGCCAGCCGUCUCUUCACUGACGUGGUUAUCUGUGUGGAGGGCCGUGAGUUCCCUUGCCACCGUGCCAUCCUGUCCUCCUGCAGCAGCUACUUCAGGGCCAUGUUCUGCAAUGACCACCGUGAGAGCCGGGAGAUGCUGGUGGAGAUCAAUGGCAUCUUUGCUGAUGCCAUGGAGCAGUUCCUGCAGUACGUCUACACAGGGAAAGUGAGGAUCACCACGGACAACGUGCAGUAUUUGUUUGAGACCUCCAGUCUCUUCCAAAUUGGUGCCAUCCGCGAUGCUUGUGCCAAGUUCUUGGAGGAGCAGCUUGACCCCUGCAACUGCCUGGGGAUCCAGAAGUUUGCGGACACACACUCCUUGAAGGUGUUGCACUCCAAGUGCAGAUGCUUCGGCCUGCAGACGUUCUCCGAGGUCGCGUUGCACGAGGAAUUCCUCGGACUGGAGAAGGAUGAGCUUAUCGACUACGUCUCCAGCGACGAUUUGGUCAUCAGCAAGGAGGAAACGGUAUACGAGUCGGUGAUGCGUUGGGUAUAUCAUGACAUUGACCGCAGGAGGCCCAUGUUGAAAGAGCUGCUGACUCAUGUCAGGCUCCCUCUACUGCACCCCAAUUAUUUUGUACAGACGGUGGAGGGGAACCAACUAAUCCAGAGCUCUCCUGAGUGUUACCAACUCCUGCACGAGGCCCGGAGGUACCAUGUCCUUGGCAAUGAGAUGAUGUCACCACGGACAAGGCCUCGUAGGUCCACAGGUUACUCCGAGGUUAUUGUGGUGGUGGGAGGCUGUGAGCGAGUGGGAGGCUUCAAUCUCCCUUACACCGAAUGCUAUGACCCAAUGACCGGAGAGUGGAAGUCGCUUGCCAAACUCCCAGAGUUCACCAAAUCGGAGUAUGCUGUUUGUGCCCUGAGGAAUGAUAUCCUUGUGUCAGGUGGCAGAAUCAACAGUCGUGAUGUGUGGAUGUACAACUCCCAGCUGAACAUCUGGAUGCGAGUGGCCUGUUUAAACAAAGGCAGGUGGCGCCACAAAAUGGCUGUUCUUCUUGGCAAGGUAUACGCAGUAGGAGGUUACGACGGUCAGAAUCGGUUGAGCAGCGUGGAGUGUUACGAUUCUUUCUCAAACCGCUGGGUCGAGAUUGCGCCCCUCAAAGAGGCAGUCAGCUCACCUGCUGUCGCUAGCUGUGUCAGUAAGCUCUUUGUGAUCGGAGGAGGGCCUGAUGACAACACAUGCUCCGAUAAGGUUCAAUGUUAUGACCCAGCCACUAAUGUUUGGUUGUUGCGAGCACCCAUUCCUGUUGCUAAACGAUGCAUUACCGCAGUGUCCCUGACCAACCUCAUUUACGUGGCUGGGGGCCUGACUAAAUCCAUCUUUUGCUAUGACCCAGUGGAGGAUUACUGGAUGCAUGUGGUGAACACUUUCAGCAGACAGGAGAGUUGUGGCAUGUCUGUGUGCAAUGGCAAAGUUUACAUCCUCGGUGGCAGAAAGGAAACUGGAGAGGCCACUGACACUAUCACGUGCUAUGACCCAGCAACAGGAAUCAUCACAGCAAUGGCCGCCAUGCCCAGGCCCAUCUCCUACCAUGGCUGUGUGACAAUCCACAGAUACAAUGAGAAGUACAGACCUUGAGCCAGGGAUCUCCAGCACCCGCCCAAUACUGAGUGGCAAAGAAGCACAACCACACUAUAACAUCCUGUGGAAGGACCAGAGGCGGCCUCUGCAGGUUUUAUGUUAGAUGACUUUACUGUAGCAUAUUCUUCAAAAGAUUGAGCCUUUUUUUGUAAAAGAAACUUUUAUUACAACAAUAGAGUUGCAGAUCAACAAACAAUGUCUGUGUAAUGCGAAAGUCCCAGUGAUAAGAAUACCAAAGCUGUGGCUUGGCAGGCAAUAUUAUUGCCAUUUGCACAUGUUCCCACAUCCCUCAGAUAACCAUGGACUGUUAGUGGUGCAUUUAGUGCCACAGGGUAAUACUUUAGGAUCCAAAUCCAGAAGAUAAUUACUGUUCAUUUUGUAACGUAAUUAGACAGUCAACUAGCAAGAAAUGCAAGUGGAAGCUUUUUGUUGAGUCAGUUGGAGGUGCCUUGGAAUCCUGGAGGCUGAGGCCCUGUCCAAGGUCAGGAUUGAAACCUUCAUGUUCGAGCAUCUGUGUCACUUUGAUGUCAUUCAGUAGCUGCCAUAUGGCCACGCUCAGUGAAAUGUGUAGGUGUUUUCGUAUACAGUGACCCUAGUCAACGUCCUAAGUUUUCACCUUUUGGUCUUUAUUGAGGCCUAAGAGGUAAAAAAGAACUUUAGUUCCUGCAUGUAACCCAGCAGAAGUCAGUCAUGAGAUACCUUGGCGCUGGUUGCCUUGGGUUAAAGAUGGAAGGUCAGACCCACCGAGCUGUGAUCCCAUGUGUUAAGACCAGAAGGAAAACCUUCCAGAUCAUACCUCUUGGAGUUUUUAAUGGCCCAAGUUCACUGUAAAAAUUUUUUUGUGAAAAACGGAUUUUUUUUUUCCAUUUCUGGCACACCUCCCAGACUGCAGAGAUGAUAUUAUGCAUCAAAUGCAUCAGGGAUUGCAACACCUUAAUUCUGGAAAAGCAUCAGCCUUUUUGGUAGGAGUAGCCAUGAGUGGAUUUGUCAUUCACCCAUGGAAGAGGGCAUGCCUCCUGUUACCUAUAACAGCUCAUGUUGGUCCCCAGGUUGUGUGUCUUCUAGAUUUUGUACUCUUAAUAUUGGUGCAAAUUGGGUUUGUGUAGGCAAUUUGGAUAACUGCAUUGCUAGUCGAUCACGUGCCUGUACUUUCCAGCUAGAGAUCACAAGAACAGAUUUCAAAUGGUCAGAUUGAACAGAUCACAGUGUAAUGAGAGCUGUUAGUGUCGAUACUUUCAAAGAAACAUUCCGUAGACAGUAACUUAGUUACUUGACUUUGAAUCCUGAGACUUCAAAGUUAUGUCUCUGACAAUUGGAUUGUCAGACCUACUUGGGGUCCUGGUUUAGAUCCUAGAUCCAAUGAUUGAAAUAAGUGUAUGUGGGUUAUUUUCUAGACAUUGUUGAUCUGCGUUGGUUAUAUACUGUGUAUAUAUAUCCCACAGUGAGAGAGUUAUAGCCCAGUAAUAUGCAGUGACAGUUUAUUUAUACCGUGUAUAUUUACCCUUGCUAGACAGUAUGUGAAUUAUUCCCAAUUCCCACUGAUGUAUAUAGCAUGAAACAGGACAUAUUGAUGGGAUGAGAGAUUAAAGCUUCAGUAAUUAUAAAGGAAGUGACAGAGGUAUAGUGCUGACUGCUAACCCUUGAAUAUCAGCUUGAGCAUUUAGAGACUGUGUCACUGCAUGAGUGAGGGUCAGACCCUCUGCUUGAAAAUUCAAGUUGUUAAUGUCUCUCAGAGAAGAACAUUCCAUUGUAGCUUUUCCAAAAUGUGUCCUUUCGCAUUUCCUAACACCGCUAAAAGUUUCUCCUAAAAGUGGGUUGGAAUAGGUUGGGGGUGAGUAUGCACAAGUUCCACUCCACCCACCCUGAGGGCGGGGGGUGGGUGUCCCCUUCAUGUGCCUGCUGGAAGGCAAUAAAUGGGUGUGUAACCUCUAGGCCUGAUCCAAGCUUUGGCUCACAUGCACACAUAUUUGGCGGAGGCCUUGACUUUGUGCAAUUUUGUAAAACAGCCCACUUUAAUCACAUCAUCAGUGAAGGUAAAAAUGGGAAAAAUAAUGGAAAACAGCCUGUUCGUUAAACACAGAUAACAAGGUGUAGAGCUGGAUGAACACAGCAGGCCAAGCAGCAUCAGAGGAGCAGGAAGGCUUUGACGUUUCAGGUUCGUUAAACAUCACUCAUUUCGCACUGCUGUUCAAAGUCUUCCCCAAGGACUUUCCACCAACUUAAGUCAUAAUAUCAGGGAAAUUUUACAAUAAUGUGAGAUUUGAGGGAGUUAAAGGAUGGAAUUCUUUAUGGCACUCAUUGAUCUAAUGUAAGGUAGCUCAACAGACCUAAUUCGAUUUGGGAUAGCUAAUGGCAUAGUACUACUGUCACUGGACUAGCAAUCCAGAAACCAUGGUUAAGGCUUUGGGGACAGCAGUUGGUGGGAUUUAAGUUCAACUAAUUUGUGAUUCUGAAAUUAAAAGCUAUUGUUGUUAAAUGAUCAUUGAUCAUUAUCAAAGCCCUUCUGAUUCACUGUUGUCUUUCAGCAAAACAAAUCUGCCAUCCUUUCCUGGCCUGGCUUAUAUGUGAUUCCAGAGGCAGAACAGUGCGGAUGACCUUUAACAAUCCUCUGUAAUGGCCAAUAAGCCAUUCCAUUCAAAGGCAAUUAGGGAUGGACACGGAUGCUGGCCUUGUUGACAACACCUAUAUUCCACGAAAGAAUAAAUAAAUUACAUUUGUGCCGAAUCAUUCAAUUAUUUCCUUCAGUUGCCAGGCCCUGAAUCGGAGAUAUUCUUGACAAGGAGAAAGAAAUUACAACUACAACAAAGUUAAUUAAAACCCUACAGCACUGUUAAUUUUAGAACAGUUGCAGCACUGGACCUCAGGUGUGUAAAUCCAAGAUGUUAUAGGCUGAGAAGCGUGUUGAGGGGUUGGUGAGUUUGAGAGGCAGAUGAAAAUUGUUGGAUUCUAGAGUGAUCAGGGUGGGAUGGAUGGCAAGUGCUCUGGCACUCCAGGGCUUACGAACCCUCUUCUUAAGAGGGAGAAAUCUUGAUUUUCCAAUCCAUUUCCUCUGUGAAACAUGAUAACUUUAGCGCUGGGAAGCGAGGAUAUGCCGGAACAUUCUGAAUCAGGGAAACAUUGACAGGUCUCAGUUGGCCUGUGUUCCCAAAGGCUUGUGUAGCUUCUGCGCGCUGAGGAUUAAGAUGUCCUGGAGCCAAUCUAGAAAGCACAAAGCUUUCCCUAUGGCAGAAACCUCACCAAAUUAACGUCUGUGUUUAUCUGAGCGGAUUAUCUUGACCUUGCCACUAGUAGGAUGUGUGUGUUUUAUCCUUUCCACCCUCAUGUAGCAUCCUCAGUUCCAUCAAAGAAAUGCCCAGAGUCCACUUUGUUGAGUAUGCUGGUGACUUCAAUUUUUCUUGCUCCUUAUCUUAAUUAAUUAUUUGAUGCAUUUAUAUGAAAUGGUUUUGUUUUUUACACAAUAAGUUACAGGACUGUUUUGCUGUAAAUACCACACUUCGCUGUUUAUUCAUAUGUCCCUAUGUUUCAUGGUAACUGCGAGCACUGCUUGCUGAAGGAACACAGGUUGGAGAGCUGGCACAGUCUUAAGUUCUUCACUGAGGAUGUUCUGAGAGCUGGCUUCUGCAUAAGCUUCACACUGAUGUAAAGGCCUGAAGCCGGCGUAUGAAUGAACAGGCUGCAAAAACCAUUGGAGAUGUUGUUCUUGCGAAACAGCAGCCAGUUUGGCCUCAGUUAUUUUCCCAUUCACUGAAGAAAAGAAACCAAAGGAGGAAGUCUUUUUUGAAUAGGAAUAUAGUGCCCAUCCUGUCAGUGGGAUGGACCCUUGGUCCAAACACGGAGGCAUUGAGAGGAGUGGCUCCCUUAUACCAGGUCAAAGAGGGUCGGUCAGAAAGGGCAAGGUUAUAGACUGAUAGCACCAGGCACUGGAGGCGGAGAAAGUGAUGCUGUGAAGUCAUUCACAUGCCAGACUUCCACGUUGUUUCUGAGCUCAACCUAGUACAGACAGCAGCUGAUCUUCAGUCUCAUUCUUUUAAUGAGGGUCUUUCACCACUGCAAGGAAUGCAGGGAGUGACCCUGCUUCUAAUGAAGCAGUUAUCCUCUUGCUUAUCAGUGAGAGAAAGCUUUUUGUAAUUCCCAGAACCAGUCAGGUGCUGAGGUGAGUGAGUAAGAAAGCAAGACAGGAAAAGGAAGAUGGGCAAAGAGAAAAGGUAGGCAAUGCAUGACAUUGAUACUACUUAGGCAUCGCUCCAGCCUUUGUGACAAACUCAGCAAGCUGCUUUCGAUCAUGUUUAUGUUCCUGUCAUACCUUACGUUUCAGAUAUGUAACUUACUAUUUAAAAUACUACAGCAAGGCACCCCACAGUAUUUCUCAAAUCCACCAGAAGUCAAGGUGAAAGCAAGAACUCUGCAGUGGUCAAACUCUCCAUGGAGUGGCAUGACAGAAAAAGUGUUACUGAGAUCUUGCUCCAGCAUCUUCACCAGUCAGUAAAACAUGGCACAGUAAAGGUUUUACUCAUGAACUCUGAUACAGUCAAAUGAUGACUGACUAAUAAUUGCAUUCACCCAGGAUUGCUGGAACACUGAACUGAAAACAGAGCUCCUGAGUUUAACAGGGAAAAUCCCCCUUGUGAGAACAGCCACACUCAUUACCAGUUCAGGAAUGCCUAAGAAUAAUGAGUAUUUAUAAGUUUUCUGUUGUUGUAAGCUAUGCUUUUAUUAACAAAUUUAUUUAUUCUUUAAGUAUGUUCUUCAAAACCAUUUUACAGAAUGAACGUUGCAAUCUUUGAGGUUUCGCUGUUUUCCGAACACACAGGAGUUGAGGAUGUGGCAAGGCAUCUCUUUUGAUGUCCAUUCUCAGCAUGUGAACAAUAUAUGAUUGUGUGUAUUGGCCUAACUAAUGCAUGGCCUAUGAGGUGAAUCACCUAUUACAACAACUGAAGCACAGCGCAAUUGUAAUCAUCACACAAUGUGGGAAGCCACCAGGUCUGUCAGCAGACAUUAUUUAAAAGGUUAAAAAGCGUGUGUUGCAACCAACUACUUCAAAAGUUGUGACCCUGAUCAAAGAAAUUUAGAAACAUUCCAAGUCCUUGUCAAAUGGUUUCAUCACAAAAUCCAGUCUGCAACUUACUGCCAAAUAUCCAUAUUUAUUUAUAUACAAAUUACCCAAACUUUAUUCUUAGAUUUCAACCUACAAAUGACCCACCACUGUAACAGUAUUUUUUUCCAUGAAGUGUGAAUGAGCUACACAAUGAGUGAUGUCGCUUAGUCGCAUUUGACCUGGUUCAUGGUUUUGAUCCAUACAUUGAGGAGCAGUGAGUAAAUAAUUUUCAGACUGGUUGAGAAUUUUUUAAUGCUGUAAGUAGCUGGCAUGCUUUUUUUUUGUAAUUAGAUAGGUGUAAAGUGGUUGUGUUAUUUUUGUAAAAUUUGGGUUGUCCUGGAGACAAAAGCAUACCUUCCUUUUGUUUUCUGCUUAAGUUGUACAGUAUGAGCUGCAUAUAAACAAACUGUACUUGAAUCCAGGGUGGUAUAUCGUUUUAAAAACUUGAUCACAACUAUUCAACGAAUAGAGAACACAAUUAAUCAAAAUAGCACUGUAUGAAAUUGCCAGCAGUGACCUUCGGUGACUGAGUGUUAUGGGGAGUUGUGUUAUCUGAGUGUGUGUUUUCCUCUGUUCUUUCAGUCGUCUGAGCUUCAGAAUUCCCUAAAUCUCUCCAGCUCUCAGUUUCUCACUCUCCUCCUUUACAUACUUUAAACCAAACUCAAUGCCCAAGAAAUUGAACUAUACGUCCUAAUACUGUUCCUUAUGCUGAAUGUCAAUUUUUUGUUUGAUUACACUCCCAGUUUUGCAAAGUUUUACAAUGGAGGCUGUAAAAAUGCAUAUUAUUAUUGUCUUUGGAUUUCAGUGAUGCUAAACAAAGGGCCUCCAGACACAGUUAUCGAGAGCCGCAAAACAAGGGGCAGACUACAAGGGAAAGUGCAUACUAUGGAACUUUUUGUGUGUGAGCAGUAAAGACGCUUGAGUUCAGCACAUUCGAUCUUCAUUUUAACACAUUACUUUAAAACUAAAACUGCAGUUCAAAAUUAUGAGUAGAUAUCAUGGGGUAAAUCAGAGAAAUGGCUUCCACUGGCAGGAAUGUUGAACCAGAAGAUGGAUUGGCAAAAGAAUUAGAGUGUAUGGGUCGGGGGUGGGGGUGGGGUUAUUUUUGUGACGUGUAUGGUUAUAUUCUGGGUUGCCUUGUUGAAAAAGGUAAUGGAAGCAGAUUCAGUCAUACCAUCCAAGAGGGAAUUAGGCGUAAAAAGGGGAACAAUUUAGACGGUGUGUAAAAGAGAGGUGGAGGAGCCUGAACAAAGCAGUGCCUGAUUUUUUUUGUGUGUUGUUCGGAACAAAGCAAAGUACUUCCAGUUGUUGAGAGAACAGUGGUAUUUGUGUCAAACCUGGCCAGUCUGCCUGGGUUAUUCCUGUAAAAUAAGUGACCCAAAUGGGGAGAAGUGUGUAAGCCAAUUGCAAAGAGUACAAGAAAGAGGAAACAUUCAAAUAAUUGACAUAAGAACGUCCAAAUCUGUAUUCCUUUCUAACAACAUCGGUCUAAGGCUCUGUUUCGUUCUGAAAUGAUUACCACAAGUUGCAUUUUUCAACCUACAUAAGUAUGUUUUUUUCUCCUUUCUUGAGUUGGCUGUUGUAUGAGUGUCCUUUUCUGAACCCAGAAUAGGGAUUGUCGAUUGGAGGGCUGACUCGAAUGUUUCACACAUUCACCAAUCAACAGCUCUUGUCAAAUGUUGAGACAGCAGUACCAACACUGAUUGCGUAUAAUAAUUGUUACAAGUAAAUUACUUCUAAUUGUGUGUAUGUGAUGUAGGUUAGUGACUUUUAAUAAAGAUUCUAUUCUCAUCAAA